UCUUGACUCAUCCCAAUGGACAUAUACCAUUGCUCAAUGGGUUGACGGUGAGGCUUGGGGGGUAGACAUUAGCUAAGCAGCACUUGUGGUAGGGACUUUGGGGAAAGGCUGACGAGAGAGAGAAGGUAACCAGCUGACUACAGACAUGCAGACGUGGCUAACUACAGACAUGCACACUCUGUACCAGCACAUGAGAACAGUUGAACGGACAUCAUGGAGCAGUCCUUGGCACCUGGCUUGUUUACUGGGCAUACUCAGCUUCCUGGGGUCGGUCACACCCCUCCAUGUAGCUCCUGUGACGAUGGGCCUCCGCUCCUCCUUCUCGGCCACACGGACCAAUAGCAUCCUAGGAGGCACCCAGAAGGCUGUGACCUUCAACAGGCUCCUGGUCAACGUAGGAAGUGACUUCAACCCAGAUACCGGCCACUUCCGCUGCAGAAUCCCUGGGGCUUAUUACUUCUCUUUCACAGUGGGGAAAUAUCCCGAGAAGAUGCUAUCUGUCAUACUGGUGAAGAAUGGGCAGGAGGUGCAGGCUAUGGCCUACGAUGACUACAAAAAGAAAGGGCGGAAGGUCCAGAGUCAAAGUGUCAUGAUCAGCCUGAGGGCCAUGGACACAGUGUGGCUGAUGCUGCAGGACAGUCCUCAGCAUGCUCUCUACAGCACCGCUGGGCCUUACAUUACCUUCACCGGUUACCUGGUGUACCCUGACAUCCCCGCACCUGGCUAUCUCAACAACCACCUAUCCCUGCCAGGGCAGCUUUACCCCUACCCCAACCCCAACUGCCUUCCUCCUGGAGACCACAGGCAUGGUUUGAGCGGUAGUGCUAAGGCCCCUGAAGAGCCUCGCUCUGCCUUUUCCGUGGCCAGGACAUCCCCGGUCCUGGGGGAGAAUGGUGGCGUGCACCAAGAGAAGGAGCCUCUGACCUUCGACGUGGAGUACGUCAACAUCGGAGCACACUUUAACAAGACGUCGGGCCGCUUCACCUGCCGCUACCCUGGGGCCUACUACUUUGCCUUCACGGUGGGGAAGCAUCCACACAGGGCAGUGUCAGUCAAGCUGAUGACGGGCCAUGGCGAGGUGCAGGCCAUGGUGUUCGACGAGGACAUGUCCAGAAGGAGGGAGAUGCAGAGCCAGAGUCUGCUGCUGCCACUGCGUAGAGGGGACACUGUGUGGCUCUACAGCCAGCAGGAUGAGCGCUAUGCCGUCUACAGCAACCAGGGACGCUACACCACCUUCUCAGGCUUCCUGGUCUACCCAGACGCUGAGCCCACCACCACAGCCAGCCAGGACUAGGACUAGGACAGAACUCAAGUCUGAGGGCUCUGAGUUCUUCAAAACACACUGGACCCUCCUUCAAAUGUACAUGGUGCUAUGGUUACAAAACCAAAGUUGAGAAAGUGUGAAUGCUUUAUAGGCUUUGUGUAGAACCGCUGCAGUCACUUUCUGGGUGUGGAUUGAACAACAGCAGCAGCUAUCGCUGAAAAAUGGGGCAAAUAUGUACAUAUCUUAUACACAGAUUCACAUUUGUUUGCUCUUCUAUUGAUUAAAUAGCUAUUUUCUUUGAAGUAUUAUACCAUUCCACAAGAUGGUGUUGUGAGUCAUUUUUUGUUGUUGAUACAUCGACAAGCUUAUGACAUUAUCACACAUAAUCAUGUAAUGUUUCUUAUUAUAAGCACAUUUUCUGUAAAACGAUGGAAAAUGUUAUGUUUUGUGUUUGGUUGCAUUAAACCAAAGUUAUAGGCAAUAUGUUAGUAUAUGAUGCUGGACCAUCAGGAUUCCUUGGAUACCUCAUGAAUCUCAUUGACUUUUUUUUUCUCAUUCACCAAAGGCUGUGAGUUAUAAUAAGUAGAGCUUUCCUUUGUAAUCUUUAUAUAUACAGACUUUUUUAGUGACAGAAUUAUAUAUCCUUACUGAGCAGAUGUUUAUGCAAGUCUCAGAACGACUCAUAAAACCCUUUCAUACUUUAACUUCUGUAGUGAUUGCACUGAGUAGAGACUACUGUGUAAAUAUUGUAUAGUUUGCCUGACUGACUGUAUGGAGUUAGAUAACCUGAAUGUGAUGUAGUUAUGAAUGUUUGAUGUAUUCUGGAUACAUAGUGAAAUAAUAUUGAUUAAAGGUCAAUUUACAAGA